AUUAUUAUAUUUUUUAAUUGUAGUUACAACCCGAGUGUUGUAUAUAAUGCUGGUACAGGAGAUUGCACCAACGGAAAUUGGCAAACACGAAAAAAUCAUCAGAGUUGCCCAAGAGGAAUUAGCCAAUAUGGAUGUGCUCGUAUGUGGGCGCUGUCUGCGCGGGUUUAACUUUAUUGAAGAAUUUCAAGCGCACAAAGAGGAUGAUUCCUGCGAGAAGGAGAAUUCGAAUUUGAAAGAUUCACUCGACACGAAACCCACAAUAUGGGCAUUUACGCUCUGGAAAGCCACACAGCUGCACACCGGCAAAGAGCGUAACUCCAACUCAUGGGCUCUAUAUCAAAACUGGGUAAAGCUGGAGGAGAGCGUGCGUGAACCUUGGAUAGUGGCAGGACGGACUAUACAGUCAUUUGGCAAGAUUGGACAUGGACAAUUGCAGGAUAUGCCUGUGCGCAUAACCAAAACUGUUGUUAAUCCCAAUAACAACAAUAACAAUAGCAGCACAGCCAACAGCAACAAUACAACAGCCAGCGUCUCACCAACCAGAAGAUCGCCCGCAGGCAAAUUGCCCACUCUAGCGCAGCUUAAGGACACCGAGAAUGAACGCCCCAAAUCUAAACCUGGCACACCCACACCUACAUCCUCGCCUGGAACCGGCAAAGCCAACAAUCGCAUUGCCAUACGCGUGGAUCCCAAGACAGAUCAACGCACCGAGGAAGCCGUAGAGAGCAUUGUGGCCAAAAGAUUUAAUCCGCGACGAAAGACUCAUGAGUAUCUGGUCAAGUGGGUGGAUCGUGCGCAUCAGGAGAACACCUGGGAGGUUAUGGCAAAUCUAGAGCGUGUGCCAUACUUUCUACAAAUUUUUGAGAAGCAGUUGGCGCGCCAAAAGCUAAAGCGCGAGCGUAGCUUGGAUGCACUGAAGCGCAUGCAGGAGAAACAGUCGCCAGCAGUGGGUGCCGCUAAAUCCGAUGCUGCACCGCUGAGUCCACAAUUGUCCACAUCGCCAAAUUCAUCGGGCGCCACCAGCUCGCGUCCAUCGCGCACCUCUAAAACCAAAGCCAUGGAUGCGUUUAAGCAGUGGGUUUCCGAUGGCGGCGCAGGCGAGGGCUCCACCUCACCGUCCUCGGCAAAUGAAGAUGAAUCUGCCACAGAGCAGGAAUGGACAAGUAGCAACAAGCGCAAGCUAAAUCAUACAGAUUCCAGCGCCGAGGGCGGUAGCUUAAAUGCCUCCAACGACUCCAUGGAGCUGGAGGAUUUGGAAGAGGACUUACCAUCACAUACGGUGAAGCGUUUAAAAAACGGCUCCAGUUCCGUGCAAUUGAAUAAACCACGAGUCGCAGUUGCUACAACUCCAGCACGCAUCAAUGGCAACAAUUCUGCCCAUGUGUCCAAGGAUGAGCACAAAAUGGGUGACAUUAUCUAUACGGAGGACAGCACCAGCACGGGCAUGUUUCGUAAGCCAGAAAUGCCCAAUACCAGUCAAAUCAAACGUCAAAAGUUGGAGUGCCCUGUGCGUUAUCUAAAUCGCACCGAGAUCGACAGCAACAGCCGCGGAAUCUUUCGCGUAGAGGGCACAGAGCAAAAACGCGCCCUCUCGCCAGCAGCAAAGAGCAGUGGCAUUGUUGCUGCUGCCACCACCAGCAGCUCAAGUUUGCCGUUAAAUAAACGCACUGCGGUUGCGGCACGCACGCCAGGCAAUAGCUCACCCGUUACGGUGGGUCAACGCACUCAUCUGCUGCGCACACCUGGACAACUAGCGCAGGCGCAGCGUCGUCCUGUAACCACAAGCACGCCCAAUGCUGGAGUGCGUCAGGCGGUCAUACCAGCGCGUACUGGCGUCAUGCCAGGCAACAGUCGCAUGAUGGUUGCUCGCGCCAACACGCCGCAGCAGCAACAGCGUGUGGCAGGCGCCAAGGCAGUCACUCCGGAGCAAAAGAUCCUACAGCUGUCCAAGUCGGGUGAUUUAAAGGUAACACGCAAGGUCAUGACACGUGAGGAUGCAAUUGCUCAACGCAAUGCGCGCCAGCAGCAGCAGCAGCAGGCAUUGUUGCAACAACAGAAAACGCAGCAGCUGCGUCAACGCAACAUUGCGCCUGCUGCUGCCAAGCCACAGCCCGUGCAGCCCAUGGAAGUGGAAGUCGAACAGGAGGAAGUGUCGCAUCAGGCACAGCUCUGCCCAAUUACAGGCAAGCUCAUUGGGCAGGAGGAGACACAAUUGCAAAUGGAGCAGGAGCAGCAGCAAGAGCAGCAACGCGAACAGCUUGAGGCAGCGGCACAAGCGCUGCUCGGCAGCGAGCAGCAGGUGCUCACCAAUGAGGAUGGCUCUGCCUUGCUGGUGCGUGGCGAAGAUGGCACUGUCUAUCAAGUGGCGGGCAAGAAUGCCGAAGGACAAACCAUACUUGUUACCCAAGGACCCGAUGGUGAGCAGCAAUUCGCGUAUGUAGCCGCUGCCGAGGGUGAGGAACAGGAUGUGCUUAACGCUAGACAAUGCCGUGGCGAAGCAGUCGCUGCCGUGGGUCAGCAAGGCGAAGCCACUGCCGAUGGUGAGCAUAUUUUGGUUAGCAUGACCGAAGAGGAGCUGGCCCAGCAUCAAGCGGCAGUGCUGCAACAGCAACAACAACAGCAGCAGCAGCAGGAGGCGACGCAAGAGGGCAGCACGCCGCCCACAGCACAGAUACACAUCACGACAUCGGACAGCGAUGGCACCGAGGCUCAAAUACCAGCCGAGGUGGUGCAAGCGGAUCAGCCCUCUCCAGGUGGCACGCGUCGCGUUGUUUUGUUGCUGCAGGAUGGCACCUUUAUGAUGACUGAAAUGCAUGAUGAUCAGUUCAAGACGCUAAAUAUACAGACGUAAAGGAAUUAACAAGCAAAUAAGCACCCAGAGCAGAUGAGCAUUCAAGAUAUACUAUCUUAAAAACUCGUAGAAUUUAGUUAUAGUACUUUAAGCAUUAUAAUGAUUACCGAAUUAUGGCAAGGCAAGCAGUUUAGAACUUAAGUAUUAAAAAUUCAUGCAUAAUCCAUAAUUAAACUAAAACAAAACACACACAUUAUGCCAAUCAUAUCGCAAGUUUUUAUAUAACUA